AAGGACUUACUCCAGAACUGUUAUACUGUGACGAUGUUCAAUAUGGGUUCAAGAUAAUUGUUAUUAAUUAUAUUAAUAGGAUCCCUCUGACAAAACAAGAUCCUAGAGGUGAGAUCUACCAACCAGGCUGCCGGAGUCGCACCGGAGGAAAAGGACUU